AAUGGCGGUAUCCUUGUUGGCAAACUUAUGCAAUAGUGGCUUCGAGCAGCUCUGCCAGACACCUGAGCCGUUGAAAUUCUACUACCACAACAGUGAGCAACAUCUACAGGCCGGCAUUGGCCCUGAACCGAUUGAGGAAGAAGAACAAAUGGAAUACUCUACUUCUUUCUACAACAAUCAGCAGCAGCAGCAGCAACAACAACAGCAGCAGCAACAACAACAGCCAUCGAAUCAACAACAAAGUCAACAACAGAAUCAACAAAAUUUUGAGGAGAUUUCACAGAACUAUAAUCUUGAAAACGACGACAGCUAUAGUGGAUCACCGAACAACUUUCAGGACUACCGCAACACUUUCGUAGAUUCGCCUCCGGACUCCAAAGAGGCUUGGCCCGUUGAGUACGGCAAAAUGCAAUCGGAGCUCACCGCUAACAGUAGCCCAACGACUAAUGUCACAACGUCCGUGGUCGCGGUGGCGGCUGCGGCCGCAGCAGCAGUUGCUGCACAGCAAGAGGGCACAUACAAUGCCGGCAUACCGACGCGCAAACGACGCAUCGAGUGGACAACUACGCACACGGAGGAAGGGAAUGAUAGCUCUGAGCCGAAGAUUGCUGCCACCGAGAAGGACCGCAAUGAUGCCAAACGCAAAGGUGCAAUGCGUUGGCCCGAAGAGCUGGACCUCGAUUUAAGCAAUGAAUUAUCUAGCAAUGGAUAUAUGAGUGACUCGUUGCUGAACUUCCCCGUGUUCAAGCAAGAAUUACCAUCACCACCACAGAAGGUUGCCCACGAAGUUAUCAAAAUUUCAAAAAUUUCUGGCGCCUCAAGCUCACUUAAUCAACAGCAACAGCCGCCGCAGCAACAGCAUCAACAGCAACAACAACAGCAGCAGCAACAACAACAACAGCAACCACAUCAUAACCAUCAGCAUGCCCAACAGCUGCAGAACCCAGACCAACAACAACAACAGCAAGCACAGCAUCAUAAUCAGGCUGGCCAACAGCAGCAAACUAUAGGUAACGGUGGCAAUACCAAUGGCGCCCAACAGCAGUCUCCCGCCGGUAAUGAACAGUCGCUCGUGGGGGGUAUUGUCAGUGGGGUACAUAGCCCAAUGAACAAUAUGGGUGGAUUACAAAACUUUAUGCACAGUAACCGUUACGAUAGCACAGGAAAUCUCAACAAGUCAAGCGAUAACAUGCAGCGUUCCGAGAAGGUUCACGAUGAUAACAGGUUCCAAUACGUACUAGGGGCAGCAACGUCUAUUGCCACGAAGAACAAUGAAGAAUCUCUCACCUAUCUAAACCAAGGUCAGAGUUACGAGAUCAAAUUGAAAAAAUUGGGCGAUCUAUCGCCCUUCCGGGGGAAGAUACUGAAAAGUAUUAUAAAAAUUUGCUUCCACGAGCGACGUCUGCAGUACAUGGAACGUGAACAAAUGCAGCUCUGGCAAGCUUCUCGGCCCGGCGAAAGGAUUUUAGACGUUGAUAUCCCCCUUUCUUAUGGAUUGAUUCAGGUGCAACCAAAUAGUAGCAGUCUGUUAAAUACGAUGGAAGUUUACUGGGACCCCAUGAAGGAGGUCGGUGUGUACGUCAAAGUAAACUGUAUUUCGACCGAAUUUACGCCAAAAAAGCAUGGUGGCGAAAAAGGUGUCCCCUUCCGGAUUCAGGUUGAAACCUAUCUGGACAGUGCAUUGAACGAUACUGGAACAAAGUCAAGCGGAUUGGACAGUACGAUUAGGCCAUUGCAUGCAGCUGCAUGCCAAAUUAAGGUUUUCAAAUUGAAAGGAGCAGAUCGUAAGCACAAACAGGAUCGUGAAAAGAUCCUCAAACGACCGCCUGCUGAGCAGGAAAAAUUCCAGCGUAGCUGCGAGUGCACAAUACUUACUGAUAUUACAACUGAAUCGAUGCUGACACCACUCGUUGGCGGCAGCUACAGCCCUGAGCACAUUAAGCGAAACAUAUCACCACUUCUAACCGCACCAGCAUCACCGGUGCAAAUAAACAAACUGGAGAAUAUUAUGUCAUCUUUCUGCAAUGGUUCAGUAACCCCAACCAGUAAGACCGCGGCUAUGGCUGCUGCGGUUGUAGCCGCCGUUAGCAGCAACCCUAUCGCUAUCAGCAAUGUGUCCUCCACCAACAACAUCUGUAAAAUGAUGGACCAAAACGUGCUGUCUCCGAUGCAGCCCACUGUCGAGAUGGACGACUACACUCCAACAAUCACGAAGGAAUCGAAUCCUUCGACCUUGAAUCAGUGGUUGAAUUACCACCGUCUGAGUACCUAUGCGAAAACGUUUUCGCAGUUUUCUGGAUCGGAUUUGUUAAGAAUGUCGAAAGAUGAUUUGUGCAAAAUUUGUGGAUUGGCUGAUGGUAUACGUAUGUUCAAUAUCCUCCAUUCAAAAGCCAUUACACCACGUUUGACGAUUUAUGUUUCCUUCGAGAGCAACAUGUACCACGCCAUAUAUCUUCACGCUAAUACGCUUCCGGAGUUGAUGUACAACUUACAAAAGAUUCCCGGAUUUAUGGACGCCGUGCAUGGAUCUAGCACUUCCGAGAGCAACAUCCUGUGGUCAGGGAACUAUCAACGUUCGCUGAAAAAUGGUGGUCCAACUGGAAACAAGUACUCCAAUGUAAGCACCAGUGACCCGCACGUGUCAGUCCCAUCGCCAUCAUCACCCAUUUCGUCAUCGUCGGUACCUUCACGUAUAAAUUUACUCGUUAACGGACCAAACGGCAUACACGUUCUGUUGACGGAGGACGUUCUGAGUAAUAUAAAGGACGACAGUUUGUUUCAGUUGGAGAUAAAAUCGAACGGAAAUGUGUUGAUGAAGGCGGUUGCACCUCCUGGUGGCGGAAGUGGUAGCCCCGGCUGUGGGGAUAAAGACAUGAAUUAAAAGUGUCAACGUCUCUGCCGCGUGAAAGCGAUGGCAAUCGUUUGAAUUUUUCAACCGUUCUCUCUUGCAGAUGGCGUUUAACUUUGACUUUUUGCUACUUUAUUGUUACAGAUAAUUGUUCUGAACUUUCGGUGUUGGAUGCACGUUAAUUUUUUUAGAAAAGAAAUCCAUUCAAUGGAUAUGUUGUCGUAUAGUAGGUGUUUUUAUGUAUUUCGAAUUGAAUAACUCCCGCAGCCUUUUUACAUAUAGAAGAAAAUCGUGUAGUUUAUUCCACAUUGGUUUCAAACAUUGAUGCAGUUUCUUAUUGAAUUUGACGAUCCUCAUUCCUAUCGAAUGACUUUUUUGUCUUCACAUAUACUUUAUCUGAAUAAAUUGACAAGAGCAGCCAAAACUAUCUGGGAAGUGUUGUAUUACCUUGGUGAUGUGAAACAGGUGAACACUUCUCAGCUAAAUAUUUCUAUUGCUAUUCACAUGAAUAUUUUCAAACAAUAGAUGAAAUUCUUAUAUGCUAGUAGAGAACGUUGAACUGAUAAUCACAAAAUAAAAACAAGAGAUUUCUUGCAAGUACAAAAACAAAUAUUUCUUGAAUUUAAGUCAUACAUGCAAGAAUAAAUCAUGAUCGCCUCUGUUAAUGUGCCUUAUCAACCAAACUGAUUAUACAGUUAUAAAAUCAUCACAUUUUGCAGUAACUGAGAAAAAAUCAGGUUUCUUAAAUUUCGAGGACAAUUCUUAUUCUUAUACGAUUCGUCGAACUGUUGCAUGUAGUUGUUUUAAACAUAGGACUCCACGUUAUUUGGUAGAAGCGCAUAUAACAGGCACAGUGCUGUAGCUGAACCAAUCUUGUGAGGCUGCGUGCACAUUUUUAUAAUAAAAAUAUAUGUUUUGUAAACAGAAGAAGAUAUUCAAAAAUAAAAAAAAUGUGCGAAACCGCAA